GCCGACCGGGAUUCUCGAAGAGUCGAGCAUGCCGGUCUACUCGCCGUCCGGCGACCUCCUCCACAUGGCGAUUCAGUUUAGCUACGUGGUCAUGUUUUUCGGUCGUGUGGCCCUUCUGCGCGCUCUGUGCGUACUGCAACAACUGGGUUGCGCUCCGCUUUGACGCGAUCAAGAUGACGAUCGACUGCAAGCGCGCCGUGCCCCGUCGUAGCAUCGGCAUUGGGCCGUGGUACGGGGCCUUUAUGUUUGAGACGCUCAUCGCAACCGUCGCGGUGCCUGCUAUCUUUGUGUACGUGACCGGUCAAAUGGACUCGUACACGUGCCCGAUUGAUACGCUCAAUUACGGCCCCGUCGACAAUUGCUUUUCGCUGCUGCAGCGUCUCCUGGCCUUUUGCUGCCUCGAGAACGCCGGCAUCGCCAUCUGCUUUCUCGUGUACCUCCGGAAAAGCAACAUCUCGACCGAGACGUCCAUCAAGAUCCAAGAGCACUCGCGCCGCCUCAAGCACAACGUCCGGAAGAGCGUGCGCACGAUCGGCGAGCACAUCCUUGUCCAAGUCUACGGGAAAAGCCACAUUGGCGAGUGGCGCCAAGGCACCGUCGCGUGGGUCAAGAACGGGCGCGUUAAAGUCAACUUUUACGCGUCCAGCGGGUUGGGCAGCGACGGGCACUCGACCGAGCACGAAGUGUGGCUCCAACACGAACGGUACGCGCUCAAGAGCCCGACGCCGGUGCGCAUUUUUGAGCUGCAGAUGCCCGUGCUGCUGGCGUCGACGGUCAAAGGCCGAUGGCUCCAAGGCCAUAUCGUGCACCUCGACACAUUGGAUCGGCUCGGGAAGGAACUCAUCCAUCACCCGAGCGAGAUGCACUUGUCGAUCCUCGAAGGCCGCAACUUGCGCUCGUACAUGAUGCGCAACGUUCUCGACCCGUACGUUGUGCUGACGUGCGGCAGCUUCAAGCACAUGACGUCCAUCAAGCGCCAUACGCUCAACCCGCUCUGGAACGAGCACCUGAUCUUUCCACUGCACGAAAAGGAAGUGUUCAAAUCCGAGGCGAAGCCCGAGACGAUCAAGCUCGUCGUGUACAACCACGACACGCUUUCGCUGGGCGAAUGCAUUGGCGAAGGCGAGAUCGACCUGAGCGCGCACCGCGACGGAACCAAGGCCAAGGUCUGGGUGUCGCUGACGCAGAAGAAGAAGCUCAACAUGGAAAUGCUGGGCAGCGCCGUGCAUAAAAUGGCGAUGGGCGACCCGCUCGAGCCGCAGAUCUGCGUCGAGCUCCAAUGGAUCGACACGCGACUGCCCACGAGCGUCCACGUGCAAGUGGACGCGGAUGGCGCCGGCGCGCCGCCCCGUGUCCUCAACCGCAAGUUUUGCGACAAACGCCUCUGCUACGGCAUCCAGCACGACGAGAUCCUCGAAGGCCGCAUCUUCAACGCCACCGACAUGUAGUCUUUUUAUGCCUCCUGCGUGUAAACAAAAAUGGAUAUGUUGUAUAUCAGCUAAAUUCAAAGCCGAC